ACAUUCACAAGCCUGGCGCGUUUGAUGAAAUCGAACCGACACACCACCGGUUCCGGUUUUUCUAUCCUAGCUUCCCUGUCUUAUGCAAAUUCAUUAGAACUGACGUGCCCGACAACAUUUAUAGGUUGAUUAGCAUAUCACGCCUAACUUGUUGAGGCGAAAAGCCGGACUUACUGCACCUCAGCAUCUCUAACACUUAGCUUUUUACGUAGCCUCUAAACCAGGGCGGCUCUAAACAGGGAAGCGCCCGGUGAGUCAUGGCGGACGAACGGUUCAGCAUAGUUGACUACGUGGUCUUUUCUAUCAUGCUGAUGAUCUCAGCGCUGAUCGGCAUAUGGUAUGGCUGCGGACCUGGAGGCAAGCAAAAGACUACGUCGGAAUACCUUUUAGCAAACCGAAAGAUGCGACACUUCCCGGUGGCUAUUUCUCUGCUAGUGUCUUAUCUCUCGGCUAUUACGCUGCUUGGUGUCCCGUCUGAGAUCUACACGUACGGCGCACAGUACUACGUGCUGAUUCUUUCCUACUUCAUCAUUUGCGGAACCGUAGCCAUUGUUUUCGUCCCCAUGUUUAGACGUGUGAAUAUAACCUGCGCUAAUGAGGUAAGAUUACUAAGAUUAUUGAAUCUCGACUGCCUUUUACAAUUUAGUAACUUUACUCCGCACGGCAUUUUUAUAACUCGAUUUUUCACUGCUCUUAAUCUGCAUUAGCAUGUACACUGCAUUUUUGUUGAAAGUAAUGUUAUGAUAAUAUUAAGGGAGGUACAAGCCCUAUGUCAGGUAUCGAUUCUGCUAAAUGAGGGGAUUGUGCAGUAUUGUACGACUCUUGUAUUAUUAGAAACACUCAGUAGUAGCCUCAAUCAUCCACUCCUUUAAAGUGGUUUAAAAUUUUGCGCAUAUGGGUGAAACCCCUAAGUAUGACUACUCCAAAGAUACAUGUACUUUAGCACGCUUUUCAUUUAGUUCCUUCUAGUCUAGUGUAUUUUCCAUUGAACUGCUUUAUUGUGAGCGAACUGUUUCUAGGGGUUUAGGCGUGUAACAUGAUAUUACUUCUCGAAAGUGUUUUUAAGAUAUUGUUUUCUUAUUUGACGAAACUGCUCAGCAUGUAAACUUCGUAUUUAAUUGUUUUGAGUCGCAAUUUUAAAAGGCAUACACUACAACUUGGAAAAUUACCUAAUUAAAUAAAAAUCCAUUAAGAAGCAUCAGAUUGCUGUCGACCAGUCCUACGACACGCUUAGCUCACGCACGAGUGCGUGCUAAAGACCAAGCAUUGCGCGAUAGCCGCGUGAUAAAUACAAUAGACCGGUCAAUAACAAAUUGACGAAAUUGAGCACCCGUUUCCAACAAAAACAUCCUAUAUUGGUUUUAACGCGCGAUUGGAAAUGAAAGUUGAUGAAUAACCCUUUAGAUCAUGCUGCUGAAGUGGCCUGACCACAAACUCUUUUAUGAGUUCUAACGCGUGACUGUUCAUUUUGCGGUUCUUUCGUGUCCCAAACCAAACAAACCAAAAACGCUUCGCACAUUUAACCGCAGUGGAGCUUGCGGUACAGCUCACUAUUUUGUUGUAUAAAGAGGUUUGAGAUGAAGCUCUCAUAGCAAGGGGACUGAAACCAUUUUAUUAAGGCCCUCCAGGCUUAAAACAAAAGUUCAGACGUAAUUUUUUUCCCAUUAUGUCUUUUGUUUAUCUCAGUACUUGGAGCGCCGCUUCUCUGUCGGGGUCAGAAUGGUUGGAUGUGCAUUCUUCAUCAUGGAAUAUGUAAGUAUUUCCUGGUGAAUUCUUCACUGAUAUUGAAACCAGUAUUGACGGAAUGAAAUGGCAAAAAGGGCCGUGAGUUGCCACUCAGUGAGAUGAAAAUCUGGUCUCAGGCUUCUUUCAGCUCCUUUAAGCUUAAUGUAGACAAUGCAUGCUAUAAUCCAAAACAAUCGUAAAUCUAACCAAUCACAAGGCAAUGAUGUACGUGGCCAACGAAAACGAAAUAACAACGCGCAACGAUACGAGAACAAAGGGCUGCCUUGCUGGCGGUUUUUUUUUGGGGGGGGGAGACGAAGAAAAAUUCAAGAAAAUGCCACGAGAUUGAAUGAGGAAGAGCGAUAGAGAGUUCAUCGUUCCUUCUUGCGUUUGCCACACUUUUUUUGCGCAAACACAACCUCCAGGCUACAGUGUACACAGGAUAUUUUAAUCGCUGCGGGCGAAAAAAAAAAAGCAUGCGGAAGACAAAUCCAAUUUGCUGUUGAUAAAUAAACCCAAAAUAGAGGCCAAUACCGAAGAAGAUAAAUUGGGCAAAAUCUGAUUAUCACCAAUAACAACGCCUGCAAAAUACAAUGUUUUUUUAAAUUCGCGUUUUCCAGUGUCAUAUUCUCUAUCCAUUUUUACCACUUUUUCAUACUUCGCGUCAUUGAAUUUUUUCCCCUUUUCAUUGUAUUCAAUAUCAUAGUGAAUCUUUUAAGCUUAUAAAUAUCACGUUAAUUUCACCAAAAAAACGGGCCAUAAGAAUCCCGUAUCUUUGGAAAGUUCCAGCAAAAUGAAAGUUUAUUAUGUUUUGACUUCUGUUCUAAAAGCUUGUUACAAAGAAUGAAAAGACAUUGUACCCUAAUAACCGGCCCCUAAAGGGUUGUUAGUUCAUUUGCUUAUCAAAAAUUAAAAUCAAAUUAUUAUUCGUUCUUUUUUUAAUUUUCUGUUUAACCCUUCACACAUUUAUGGCUAUAUUUUUGACAGACAUUAUACCUGUUCGUGGUGCUUUAUGCACCAUCGCUCGCACUGGAAGCUGGUAAGAUAUUUACAUUUUUAUAAUUAUUACAUGAUCUCAAAAGAUGAAUUUACUUGAUAUUUUAACAACUUUUCCCUCCCGACUUCUUGGGGAAAUGAAAGGAGAAUUGUUGUCUGCGGCUUAUGUCACUACUUCUUUGUUUACAAUACACAUAGAAAACAAUACAUGUAAUUAUUAGUAUGUAAAUUGAGACUGUGUGACAACUGACAAAGUGAUUUGAAUAAACAUCUUUUAGAAUGGCCGUAGUUCAAGUUAUUAAUUUAAUUAGUAAGAAUUUAGUUACCUGAAAUAAAAAUAAGUCAAAUUCAAAUUUUCUACUCUCCAGACAUAAUCAUGAUAAUGGGUUAUAGGUCAUAUUAUGGGUUUGUGCCUGAGACACUGAGAUUUUUACUUCUACAAUUUCACUAUAACUUUACAACUCAUUGAACUGUAAGUUUAAUUAUUCGAUUAUUUGAACUUGUUGAUUUUUGCAGUUGCUGGAAUCCCCCUACCAGCCUCCAUCCUUACAACGGGAAUAGUUUGCACCUUCUACACAAGUCUUGUAAGUACAAAAUUACUAAGAUCCGGGCUGAUAGUGAUAUUUCAAAUCGGGUUUAAUUUGUGACUAGUAAGACUAUUUAUAAGCAGAGCAUGUGAAGCAUAAAGAAUAUAAACGCAUGUACAUUACCGUAAAAUUCCGAAAAUAAGUAGCCUGUGAACAGGCCUUUGGUUGAGAGGGGACCUUCCCUUUCCUCCCUAUUUUUCCCCCCUACAGAGAGCCUGUUCACAGGCUAGAAAAUAAACCCCGGGGCUUAUAUUUUCCAAAGGCCCUUUUUGAGGGGCUUAUAUUUGGAGGGGCUUAUGAACGGAGGGAAAUUUUCAUUUCAAAAUCUAUUGGGCUAGCUUACCAGGUAUAUUUGGAAGGAUUUUACCAUUUUUGCUUUGUUUUACUUCAUAUUUGAGGGCAAUUUCCGAGUACAUGCCCCUGUGGGGUCUUAUACUUGGAGGGGCGAUUUAACGGAGGGUUUUUUGCAUUACAGGUUUGCGGGGCUUAUAUUUGAAGGGGCUAAUUUUUGGAAUUUUACGGCAUUUUAAGUCUUAGAUACGUGGAGGUUUAGACUCUUUCAAAUAACUUUCACUCAAACUUUGCUCCCAGGGUCUCUCAGAAUGGGAAGAGGAGAGACCCUAGAAUAGGGUUCUCAAGAAAAAUUAAAAGAAGCAGGAGAAAAAUUUAAGGAGGCGGUAAUAGAUAAGAUUAAAUGGCAUUUGCAUGUAAGAGUAGGCAGGCAUGGAAAGGAAAAACUAGCCUGCGAACGGCAGACAUUUCGCCUUGCUCAUCGCCGCUGAGGGACACCACGAAACAUCACUCAGCGGCGAUGAGGGAGGAGAAAUGUCUGCCAUUCACAGGCUAAGUGAAAACAGCCUAUUUCUUUUGGUUGAGUCUGGAUGAGCCCUCUUUGAGAAAAAUUUCAAUUUUGGAAGCCUGGAAUAUUGCAUUUCAGUGCAGUUUUGGGGCCGUUUCUUGGUGUCAAGGAAACCAUUGUUGGUUCACCUUUGUUUGUGGUGUGGAUAUUGUUGUUCUGUGUCUUUGAAAUAUUUUGUAUUACAUCAUUUGGUGAAUGCAACCAUUAGCAACACCAAGAAACUACCAGUUUUUGAACGAAUGAAUGCAAUUAAAAAUGUAAAUGCAACAUCAUUUACCCACAUUUACUUUUUUUAAUAUCAUAUAAUGUUUGCUUUCAUCCAAGGAAUUGUCAAGAGAAAAAUAUGACAGAUUAAUUAUUCUCUUUGAAAGAUAUUUUUUGUGAGAAGCCAGUGCAACCAAGACAUCUACAAGGCAAUUUUGGCCGGUCUCCGGAGCUUCCGGAAAACCCUGUCAGAAACAAGGUUGAAUAUUAACACAGAGCUCAAAAAAAAGCUUUAAUUUAAGUCCACUUAAAUUGAAACAUUUAAGUCUCGUUAUCUUGUUUUUAAACCAAGAAUCUAACAAUCAAGCAAACUCUUAAAUGAACCAUGUACGUUCUUUAUCACAUUAUUUCUGCAUGCCUACAUUUUCUUUCUGUAGGGUGGUCUGAAGGCUGUUAUUUGGACAGAUGUUUUUCAGUCUAUGAUCAUGGUGGCAGGGCUCAUUAUAGUUGUGAUUGUCGGCAGCAUUGAAGUUGGUGGCUUUGCCAAUGUUUGGGAAAUCAACGACAAGUUUGGUCGACUUAACUUCUUUAAGUAAGUGUAACAAUCCAGUACUAUUUAGCAGUUGCUAAGCAAUUAGGGAGGACCAUUUGGGUCAUUACUGUCCAUAGCAAUACUAGGUAUUGAAAUAACUGAAAUAAUAUUGCAAUACAGUCUACUGCCAUAGUAGUGAUACCAAUAUUGUGAUAAUAUGGCAAACAUGCUUGAAAAAGAUGUUACACUGUUAAUAAUUAUUGUUCCUUAGUGAAGAUAUUAGACUUGAUACUACCAUUCAGGCAUUGUUCCUUGACUUUAAAGCAGUGGAGAACAAAAGAUAGGGCUUCUGAUCUAUGAUCACAUUAAAAGGCUUAUUUCUAAAAGACUUUUUAACUCUGGAAACAUAGUGUAAAACCUCUAGAGUUUCUUGUUAUUGUGAAUGUAUUAUAGGCAGUGAGUAUUUUACAUGUAUGCAUAAUCUACUCAAGAGAAAUAACAUAUUUUGCUGCUAUAAGAACCCCUUACUGGUGUAUGUUGUGACCUGCUACAAAUUUCACAUAAUGGUAAUUUCCUAGUAUUUUUUGCACUCUAUUGUAAGGCCUGAAAGGAGGCAUUUUUCAAUCAAGAAAGAGGAAUACAGGACAUCACUUGAAAAAUCAAUAACAACACUAUCUGUUAUCAAUUCUUAUGUCUGCAUACAACUCUGUUAUUAGCUCACUACUUAUCACAAUGUAUCAAUGAUUUGAUGCAUUAUUACACUCCUUUAAGUAUUGCUGAUCAACUUAUUUACCCCAAUCGACUAUUAUGAAUGGAUUAGUUUUCUGUUGCUUUGUGCUGUAUACACAACUUAUGUAUGUGAAAGAAGAAUGGCCAGGUCAUCUGAACACUAAAUUCCAGGACUGGUCUGAGUGUCCCUCCAGCCACCCAUGGAUUUUUUUCCCAUUAGCACUGAGUCAAACUCCCAGUGCUCAUACGAAAAUAAGUUUUUCAUUCACAAGCAAAUUAAACUCAUUUUCAUAAGCAUGAAUGGCUGUGCACCAAGCCUAGCUUUGAUAGAGAGGGCUUAGAGCAACUCAGCAGGAGGCUAUUUAUUUUGGGUGGAGGAAUAAGAGUGAUGGGAGAGGAGAAUAAAAUCUGUUGUCUCUUACUGAGUGAUCAGAGUGCAGGGAAUAGGUGGACAAGGGAAAAAAACAAUGACGCAAAUCCCUACGGUAUGCCUGUUAGGUGAAGAUUUGGAGGCAAUCAACAUGUAAAAGUCCAUUGACUCUAGUUAAUCGUGGUUUCAUUUAUUACAAAUUCUGUACACUUAUAACUGCAUACCUGUAGUUUCCAGGACAUUUGUUUUACUACAUGAUUGUUUUUGUCCAAAUCAUCUAGCUUCGACCCUGAUCCAAAGGUACGCAACACAUUCUGGACACUGUCAAUUGGAGGAGCAUUCACUGCCAUGCCAGUUUGGACAGUCAGUCAGACAGCUGUUCAACGUUUCCUGGCAAUACGGACAUUCAAGGAUGCUAGAAGGUGAAGAAAAAGUUAACUAAAAAGUACUUAAAUAGGUUGAGUAUGAUUGUCUGAGUGAAUGUAGUCCAAAAUACAUUUACGACUGUUGUUCACAGUGACUGAUGUUUCGACAACCUGUGCGGUAGUCAUCAUCAGAGCCAAAGUGAGUUGUAUCAUGUCAGUUGAUACUGUGUGUCACAUUUGGUAUUGUAUUUAUCAGUUAGUAGCUAAUAGCUAGGGGGAUCUUAGCAUGCUUGCAAUUCUCCCUGGGAGAGACUCCCAUAUAAAAGUAAGGGGGCUGCUCGUUGGAAAAAUAACAUUAAACCCCUAAGGGAGACCAAUGUGGGUAUGGCUCAAGCUUAAACUGACCCUAAAGGAGAUUAUACUAACAGACAUCACUGCCUUUUUGGAAAUCUGUUUAUGCAUGGCUCUAAGCGAUACCUGAAUGGGCAAAUACAGUGACUUUCCAUCCCANUUAGGUGAAGAUUUGGAGGCAAUCAACAUGUAAAUGUCCAUUGACUCUAGUUAAUCGUGGUUUCAUUUACUACAAAUUCUGUACACAUAUAACUGCAUACCUGUAGUUUCCAGGACAUUUGUUUUACUACAUGAUUGUUUUUGUCCAAAUCAUCUAGCUUCGACCCUGAUCCAAAGGUACGCAACACAUUCUGGACACUGUCAAUUGGAGGAGCAUUCACUGCCAUGCCAGUUUGGACAGUCAGUCAGACAGCUGUUCAACGUUUCCUGGCAAUACGGACAUUCAAGGAUGCUAGAAGGUGAAGAAAAAGUUAACUAAAAAGUACUUAAAUAGGUUGAGUAUGAUUGUCUGAGUGAAUGUAGUCCAAAAUACAUUUACGACUGUUGUUCACAGUGACUGAUGUUUCGACAACCUGUGCGGUAGUCAUCAUCAGAGUCAAAGUGAGUUGUAUCAUGUCAGUUGAUACUGUGUGUCACAUUUGGUAUUGUAUUUAUCAGUUAGUAGCUAAUAGCUAGGGGGAUCUUAGCGUGCUUGCAAUUCUCCCUGGGGGAGACUCCCAUAUAAAAGUAAGGGGGCUGCUCGUUGGAAAAAUAACAUUAAACCCCUAAGGGAGACCAAUGUG